CAAUGACUCACAAAUUUACAAUUAUGAACCUGCUGUUAUAAGGGUAGCAAUCAACAACUUCAUCAUUGAUCAAUCUACUUAAAACUAACAAAUAGGAUCAUGAACUGGGCAAGAGUUUGUAGCUAUCAUAUUAGACAUAUUCCUCUUAAAAAUCUCAAAUUUUCUAAUUCUUCACUUUUGAUCAGCCAGGAUGUGUCUCAAAAAACACUUAGAGUUCUAUCAGAGUAUGUUCCAUCUCCUCCAGCCGUACCGGAACCAAUAACAAAUCUAGCAGUUAGCCAGUUAAAUUCUUUGGGAGAACCAACACUUUCAAGCUUGGGAUUGGCAAGCUGGUAUCCCAAUGGCUUAGUGCAGUAUGGACUGGAAUCAUUACAUGUUGGUUUGGGGGUUCCCUGGUGGUCUGCCAUUGUUAUAGGAACAUUUUUCUUGCGAUUGGUGACAUUUCCACUUGUUGUUUUGGGACAGAGAAAUGCAGCUAAUAUGCACAACUACAUGCCGAUCAUGCAAAAACUACAGAAUAAAUUCUCUAAAGCCAAGAGUGUUGGAAACUCUUUAGAAACUGCAAAGGCGGGUGCACAGUUGUACAACUUCAUGAAAGAGAACAACGUUAACCCACUGAAGAACAUGCUGGUUCCAUUCAUUCAGCUGCCUAUCUUUGUUUCUGUUUUUGUUGGGAUAAGACAAAUGGCCAACUUGCCAGUUGAGAGCAUGGGCAGCGGUGGCAUUGCAUGGUUCACAGACUUAACUUCACCUGAUCCAUUCUUCAUUUUGCCCAUUAUGACGACGCUCACAUUUUAUGCCACUGUUGAGCUUGGAGUUGAUGGUGUGAGAGCAAGUACGAUGACCAGGACGAUGAAAGUGUUCAUGCGAGUCCUUCCCUUCCUCAUCAUGCCUUUCACUGUUAACUUUCCUGCUGGGCUUCUUUUGUACUGGCUCACGUCCAACAUCUUCUCAUUGAUACAAGUUUUGUUCAUGAAAAUUGAUGGUGUCAAGAGAGCUUUAAAAAUACCACAACUUGUGAAGCAUGAUUCGAGUGUCCUGCCUGAGAAAAAACCUUUCUUCGAAGAGAUCAAAGGCACAUGGAACCGAAGUAAGACAGUUGUUAACCUUGAGGAGCGUCAAAGAUUGGAGGCAAUCAAAUUCAAAGAGGCUGGAAUGGGUGCUUUACAAAAAACAUUCAAGCAGGAUCCUAAAAAGAAAACUCAAUGAGUGAAAAGACCGUACAAAAUCUAUCACUUUUGCCGUGUAAAUAUCGAUUAAAUAAAAUAUUCAACAACCCA